AUGCAUUUCGUUUUCAAUUUGCAGCAAGUUAAUCUCAACCCGAAUCCACCUUAUCCGAUGGAACCACCAAUGCCCACUUAUCCCAUGCCGCCGGUUAUACCCGAUCCGGCUCCGACUCUAGUCAGUCCACAACCCAUUCCACCUCCACCUGCUUCUCUACCGACACCUGUCAUCGGAUCCGCUUGGACUCCAGGUGUGCCAUCAGGACCAGGACCGAGGCUGCCUGGAGACACACCACCUCCCCCGUACCCGGGUAUCGAACCCAAUUCCCCGUAUGCCGUCACACCAUCUGCACCGUAA